AUGGGUGGCGGAGCCAGCGCGGCUGCUUCGGCCGAGGCCGACCCCGCAGUGACCGAGGCCCUCGGCCGCGGAGAGCUGACGAAGUAUUUCCUUGGCCCGUACUUAGACGGCAAAGUCUACAAAGGGUCGCAAUACUCGGAGGGCACGUUGGGCGAUUUGCUGACCUUCGACUACCCGGCUCAACAUGACGAAGCGGAUGAGGAGGAGAAUGAGAAUGAUGAUCAAGAAGAAAACGAUGAUGAUGAUGCUGCUGAUGAUGAUGAGGCGAAGAAUGACGUUGAAGACAUCGACGAUGAAGACGAGAAGAGUGAUGAUGCCGGUGGACUUGUGAGUGUGUGGCAGUAUGCAUUGGACUUGCGCGAUGUUCGAAGAGGGUCUGGUCAACAAGACCUUUGUGUGCUUUAUCACUAUACCCACGAGCUGGCCUUCCGCAAUGUGGCCAACAUGGAACCGACCACUGCCGAGAUUUUCGCGUCACUGGUGGACUCCAGGGCCCACUUUGGGAAAGGCGUUUAUUGUACACAGCAUGAACCAGCUGUAUGGGGCUCCCGCACUCGUAUUUUGCUGAACAACUACAGCAACUUGAGCCCUUUGCGCGACACAGCAGACGCGGAGUCUCAGCGAGUGGAGCAGGAAUGGGGCACCGGCAAUGCUGAAGGCCAUCGCGCAGCCUUCUGCAUUCCGAUUCUAGUGCCGAGGGAGCUCGCGUACAACAUCUUUGAAGAACAGACGCGCGACCUCGCCCACAAGAGCGUGCGCGACGUCGAAACAGGAGAGGAGCGCCGGAUCCGGCUUGGCGAGGAUUACAAAGGGCGGCCUGUAGACCGCAACCGGGAUGUUUGGGUUCUACAGGUGGUGAACGAAGCUGGAGAGGUGCAACAUGCCGGCGCCGAAGCAGAUGGUCUGCUGAGGCUGUUAAGGACUCGCCUAGCAAAUCUCCGGGAAGAGCUGGGAGACGAUGCAAAGCCAACCCUGGACUGCAUGUACGAGCUUGGGAGUAGGCUACAUGGCCGCUCCUACCAUGACGAAGCAGAGAAGCUUUACGAGGAGUGUUUGGACCGCCGCAGGGCCAAGCUGGGCGAAAGUCACACGGAUACUCUGGAUUCGAUGAACAAUCUUGCUUUGCUUCUGGAGGACAUGGGACGAAUUGAGGAGGCCGAGCAGCUGCUUUGCAAAGCGUUGGAGGGCAGCCGUACCAAAUCUGGCAAGACACAUCCAGCAACGCUGGAUUCGAUGAACAAUUUGGCUGUCUUGCUGCAGGACCAGGAACGUUUUCAGGAGGCCGAGUCCCUCCAUCGCGAAGCGCUGGAGGGUCGCCGGGCCAAGUUGGGCCGGAUGCACCCGGAUACGCUGACGUCGAUGAACAAUCUGGCAAAUUGUUUGCAGGCCCAGAGAAGGUACGAGGAGGCCGAGUCGCUCCACCGCGAGGAGCUGGAGGGCUGCCGGGCCAAGUUGGGUGAGACGCACCCAGAUACGCUGUCAUCCAUGAACAACGUGGGGAUGUUGCUGCAGGCACAGGAACACUAUGAGGAGGCGGAGCAGCUGCUCCGCAAGGCGUUGGAGGGUCGCUGUGCCAAGCUCGGCAAGACACAUCCAGACACGCUGGGUUCGAUGAACAAUGUGGCUUCGGUGCUGCAGGUUCAGGGACGUCAUGAGGAGGCCGAGUCGCUCCACCGCGAAGCACUCGAGGGCCGCCGGGCCAAGUUGGGCGGGAUGCACCCGGAUGCACUGACGUCGAUGAACAAUUUGGCGAAUUUGCUGCAGGCCCAGGGACGGUACGAGGAGGCCGAGUCGCUCCACCGCGAGGAGCUGGAGGCUUGCCGGGCCAAGUUGGGCGAGAUGCAUCCGCGUACACUGACAACGAUGAACAAUUUGGGGAAGUUGCUGCAGGUAUGGGGAUCCGAUGCAGAGGCGGAGCAGCUGCUCCGCAAGGCAUUGGAGGGUCGUCGGGCAAAGCUGGGCGAGACGCAUCCAGACACGCUGCAGUCGAUGCACGAUCUGGCAAAGGUGCUGCAGGAGAGAGGACAGUCGGAGGAGGCUGAGAAGCUCCAACGCCAAACGUUCGAGUCCAGUCCUGCGACGCGGUGA